AUGUCCCGCAGCUUCUUGGCAGUGCACUGCAAACACCUCCAGGACUUUGCGGCUACUGAACUUCUCGGACACGUUGGAGGACCGAAUGGGUUGCCGUAUCCUUUUGGAAUCCUCGAUGAGCGUACCGCUCUCGACAACACCAUUUCCUUCUGGGCCCACGACGUGAACCCUAUUCAAGAAGCCCAAAUUCGCACCAUGUGGGGUCGAGGAUCACCUCUCGACCAAGCCCUUGCCAGUUAUAUCGAUCCACUCGAGUAUCUGACAUAUAAGCACACCGACAUGACCAACGUCACAAAGGAAGAAUCUCGCGCCCAUCUCCUCACAUGGGAAGACAAAGAGCGGGACAGGUUGGCUUUACGAUUCCAUGAAUUGGCUGAUACUAGCAACGGCUCUGAAGAGGCAAGCAAGGCUAGAGAACGUCUUGACGAUUGA